AUUUUUUUUCUUCCAGCUGGGCUAUUCAACCUGCUUGAUUUCAGGAUCUGUCAUUAUGGAUGGAAUGUUGAUUUGGGACUUAUAGUCGUCUUAGGAAAUAGACAAAUAAAUUCAUGUCCGCCUUGUUUAUUUGGUUGGUACGGGAAUUGCUAGGAAAUGUGAUCUUCUACUAGUCAUUUCACACCACGUAUACGAGGGACUUCAUUUGUUUGUUUCCUUCAAGUGGUGGUGUGCUUAUCUCAGCAUUUCACGCACUGCUUAUGUGGGCAGAAGGCGUAAAUUUCAGCUUUGUGCCCACCCUGCACGCGCGUCGUCUCGGUGUUAAUAUGGAGAAGAGUCAUGUUCGUCGUUAGGAUGCGUUUCUCACUGCCUACUUUUUUCACUGCAUGACGGGUCAAAAAGACGGUGUGUAGUAAUUAGUGGGCACUGAGAGAUACUAUCUCGUCUAAGUGCACAUUAAUUUAACUAGCGCCAUGGCUUGAUGGCUGCCUUUUCUUCACCAGCAUAGUGCCCAUUUCCCAGUACACUCACAUUCAUAAAGUGGAGGGCUGAUGGUAGUGGAAGCAACGCCGAAUGGGACUGCCUACAAUGCAAUCUUUCGCUCUAUAUUCAUGCUCGCUACUCGAUUGUUGGGGCAAACAAACAUGCAACUCAUCCACCAACGCCCUACAGCCAUGACACCCCAAUACAAUCUCUUGUACUUCUCGGCUCUUUCUGUGCUCCUAUGCAUGGCCAGUGCAGCCGGCCCAGAAGGAGAAGCACUGCUUCGAUGGAAGUCCACUUUGCUCAACUCCAGCUCACUGUCCUCAUGGUCGCGGGCCAAAUCAACUUGCAAAUGGGAUGGUGUCGACUGUGACGCUGCCGGCCAUGUCACUCACCUCAGCCUCCAGAACUCCGGGCUCAACGGCACGCUCGAUGCGUUCUACUCCACAGCGUUCUGGCACCUUGCUGAGCUUGACCUUAGUGAAAACAAUCUCUUCGGCACCAUCCCAACAAACAUAUCUUUGUUGCUCAGCCUCACCAGUCUGUGCUUGAGCAACAAUAACUUUGUUGGUGCAAUCCCCUGCGAACUCUAUGGCCUCCCAAGAAUUGAUUGGUUAGAUUUGAGUAAUAACCAGUUGACAAACCCAGACCCUACCAAGUGUUCACAUAUGUCCAUUAUGCACCUCUCAAGUCUAAUUCUAAGAGGUAACAAGCUCAAUGGUACGUUCCCAUCAUUCAUCCUCAACAACACCUUUGUUAUGUUGUCGGCUCUCGUCCUGUCAGAUAACGCCUUCUCAGGUUCGAUUCCAAAGGGACUCGGUAACCUUACUAAUCUCAAGUACAUGGACCUGUCAUGGAACCAGUUUUCUGGAGUAAUCCCAAUGGAGCUGGGUAAGCUUGGUAGUCUCCAAACCAUGGACUUGUCGUGGAACAUGCUAUCUGGCGGUUUGCCACAGUCCUUUUCGGCGAUGCAUCGGAUAAAAAAAUUUAAUGUUGGGAACAAUCUUCAUCUCAGCGGCAACCUCCCAUUUGAAUGGUUCUCAAACUGGACCUUUGUCCAGGUUUUGAAUAUUGCGAAUAACACCUUCACUGGAAGCAUCAACAAGGCUUUUUGUCAGCUAGAUAUUCAAGCCUUACACUUCUCAAAUAAUAUCCUAUCUGGAGUGCUCCCUGGCUGUUUAUGGAACUUGCUUUCUCUUGAGUACAUGGAUUUGUCAAGCAAUGCCUUUGUUGGAGAAGUCCCCACCUCAACGGACACUACUAUCCCACUAGUAUCCCUGCAUCUGUCAAAAAACAAGUUCACAGGAUGUUUUCCACCUGUUAUAAAGAACUUAAAGAGCUUAGUGUAUUUGGAUCUAGGGGACAAUAAGUUUUCUGGCAAAAUUCCUUCAUGGAUAGGGAGAAGCCUCCCCAUGCUAAGCAUUCUCCGACUACGAUCGAAUAUGUUUCAUGGAAGUAUUCCCUGGGAGGUAACACAACUAUCUUAUCUCCAAUUGCUUGACCUAGCUGAAAACAAUCUCACAGGUCCCCUACCACGUUUUGGCAGCUUUACUUACAUAAAGAAAAUCCCAAAAAGAAAACAUGGCUGGUGGGUCAUUAUUGAUGGUCGACACCGAGUUCACAUGGAUGGGAUUGACAUGUUCAAUAGUUCAGAUUAUUCGCGACUUGAACAGAUGGAUAUAAUCUGGAAGGGACGAGAUUAUACUUUCACUUUCAGUACAUCAAUUAUGCUUAUGUGUGGCUUUGAUCUAUCAAGCAACUCCUUUUCUGGUGACAUCCCUGCAGAAUUGCUAAACAUUCAAGGCCUCCAAUUCCUUAACUUGUCAAGAAAUAAUUUAUCUGGUGGUAUCCCAAAUAACAUUGGUAACUUGAAAAGUGCGGAGUCUCUUGACCUCUCUUGGAACAAACUCUCGGGUCCUAUUCCUUCAAGCAUAUCACACUUGAUGUUCCUCAGCACUCUGAAUGUCUCCAACAAUCUUCUAUCUGGAGAGAUACCUAGAGGAAAUCAGAUCCAGACACUCAACGACCCCUCAAUUUAUAGCAAUAACCUGGGACUAUGUGGUCCUCCAUUGAGCAUUCCAUGUAAAAAUGACUCAAGUUCUACAACAGCGCUGGAUGGAGCAAAGGAACAGCACCAUGAACUUGAAACCCUGUGGCUGUACUACUCAGUGAUUGCUGGAACUGUCUUUGGUUUCUGGCUAUGGUUUGGAUCGUUGUUUUUCUGGAAGAUCUGGAGGCUUGCGUUCUUCGGUUGCAUCGACGCCAUGCAGCAGAAAGUUAUGCAGCAGUUGAAGCACACCUGACUGACAGCAGGGCGCUCUGUUUCCCACUAUGCAGUGUUUUCCAAAGUCUGCUCAUGUUUGCUUUACAAUAGGCUGCUGUUUGUUUGUUUUUCACCAAUAAGCUGCAACUAUAUGUUCCUGUAUGGACAGAAUUGGUGUAUAGUUCUUGUCUUUGUUAAGACCAGUUUCCUGCAACUUGUGUUAGUCUUAUUCUCUGAAUUUUGUGAGUUACAUUUAUGUAUGCUUGGCCGUUGUCUUUUAUAUGUGUUUUGAGCUUGUAGCAUGAAUGCAGCCUCGAUUUUAUCUUUUAUGCAAUUCUUGGAUACUUGUGUCAUCUCUUCUCUGUUCACAGUUCACAUGCAGACUAAGUUGUUCGCAAGCAUGCGCAUCAAAAAUUUCAUCAGAAGUAUAAUGGCUACAAAUCCACAAAGAAUAAGAGCAAAACCACAGAAUCCACUGACAUCUUCCAGGGAAAAGAACCCAGAUGUGCAUCUCAGUUCUGGUAGCUGCUGUUGACAACGGCACAGCUCUUCCUAAUCUCCCCCUGGGAGCCGGUCUUGACCUGCACCGCCCCGAGUUUCGCCAUCGACCGCCCAAACACCUGGAAGAACACCUCCGGUGGACUGGCCACGACGCUGGCGAUGUCAGCUCGCGCCGCCGCGUCGGUGACCAGCGCGGCGUCGGAUCCCAGCAGGCCCCUGUGCUUGAGCACCGCCCGGUUGGCGGCGUAGGUGGCGUCGAGGGACGGGUCGGUGCCAUUGCCGGCACCUGGGUAGCCGUAGAGGCGGUCGGCGAAGGACGAGCAGUGGGCGACGCCAAUGGUGUGCGCACCUGCAGCUCAGGCUCAAGUCAGAAACACAUUUCAAAUUUUGUUUGUCAGGUUUGCCGUAAACUCACUCAAGUAUUAUACUCACGGAGUUGAAAUUCUGUGGCUAAUGUAACGUUAUUCUCAAAUUGAAACAAAACAAGUCAGUGAUUUAGUUGAGUAAAGUUGUUGAUGUGAUAAUUGAUUAUCAGCUAGGAAUCACAAGGCAGAUGUACUGAAAGACAUAGCGUUUGUUAGUCUAGAAAGUUGGCGCCAAAUGCCCAAAUGCUAACGUGUAUGGAGGACAUGAGGAGACAGGAUAUAAAGCAAAAGGCUAUCGGUUUCGACAUGACUGCCAAUGGAAAUGAAGUAGACAUGCAAGUGUGAGCUUGUCAUCGUUGCAAAUGGAUGCCUAUUCAUAUGCAAUGAAUGCAUCAGUGAGACAGCGACUCAGGUUAUCAGGUUUAUCAGAACCUGACAUGAAAGUAUCAAAAAGGACUGUGAAAUGGCUCCCAAAAUAAGAUGAAGUGAAAAGAAAAAUCGAGACAGGCAUAGCAAUAGCUACUUUAUGGCCAAAGAUGAUGCAAUUGCAAUGUCUUAUUCGAUUCGCAGUGUCCAGAAGCUACAGUUUUCCUGAAGGAAUCUGCCUAUCUGGUUUAAGAUGGGCAGAGAAAGCAACGAUUGUUCGUGGUCCUUCUCUAUGCCCUCUCCACACACAAAGAAUGGGCGAUAAGAGACCGCCUUUCAUCGUGUCGGUGGCUACCAUGGACCUGAGAGCCAGACGAGGUCGCGCACGCCGAGGCCCUUGCCGGCGAAGAGCGCGGCGAGCUCCGUGAAGCUCAUGGCCGGGUUGGGCAGCUCCCGGAGCGCGUCCUGCACGCUGGACACCGUGCCGUCCCUCCUCCCCGUCGGCACCCGCCACGACGGCCCGCCCUGUGCAUAUGCAAGCACGUCAAUGCAUGCUAAGCUUCAGAACUAAGCGUGGCAGAGGCGGCCUGGAAGCUUACGAUGGCGGCGACGGCGUCCCGGGCGGCAAGCGCGAGCACGUCGGCGCAGGAGACGACGCCGGGGCACGCCUCCUCCACGGCCGUCUUCACGCGGUCGAUCAGGUCGAACCCGCGCAGCGUCAGGUUCGGCGCCGCGUCCUUCUCCGCCUGCUGGCCGCCGGUGCCGGUGGAGUUGAGCAGGAUGGACCCGUCGCAGCCCUGCACGAACACAACAGGACACUCAAACAAUGGCCAUAUAUUGAGUGAUCAAAUUCACA